AUGCAGUUGUCCCUCCUCGCCGCAGCUGGUCUGGCGGCUUCCACCACCAAUGCAUUCCUAUUGCCGCCUGACAUUUCCGCAUCCGACGACGACCUCGUUAAGGCUCUCCCUGUCCCUGUCGAGGUUGACCUCGAAAUCAUCAAGUUCAACGACGUCCAGAGCCUGGAGCUCACCUGCCCCGGUUGCCCCGUUCGCCUCGGCAAGGACGGACCUGACGACGUCAAGUUCAGCACCGAUGUCCCGAGUCACUUGGAGCUGGACUUCAUGAUCGACGCCGAGCAUGGCACCGAUCGCCUGAUGUUGAACGGCUUCGAGCUGUACCCGAACUCCGACCCCUUCACGAACUCUCUCUUCGCUCACGUCCAACCCGAGGUCUCCGAGCGACGACCAUCGCACUUCAAGGGUGCCCGACCGGUAAACGCCCAGGCGCUUGGCUUCGGACUGCAAACACAGCCCGUCACCACAAGCGAUGAUGAGGACGGCCUCGAGCUCGUCAUGGUCGAGCUGCAGAUCAUCGAAGUGGGUGACGUUUUCGUCGGCGGAAUCCCCAAGGUUCAGGUCAAGCUUGUCAAGACACCGUCGGACAAGCUUAUGAUUGGUGCCAUCGAGACCACCGAGCCUGAUACUCCCCAGAACAACCAGGAGUGCACCAGCUUCCUCUGCAAGUGGAAGGCCAUGCUGGCGGCUAAGCUUCGCAAGCCCCACGGCUGCGGCCGUCGUCCUGGUUCUGUCAAGGGCUCCCCUCCCAAGGAAUCCUCCAAGGACGCCUCCCCCGAGGAAUCCGCCCCCCAGGAAUCCGCUCCCCAGGACGCCUCCCCCGAUGAGGCUGGCGUUCCCAUGGAUGGAUCUUACGACCAGACCAAGCACGGUAUGGCCCGAAUCUUCAGGGGCAUCGUCACCCACGUCCUCCUUCCUGUCAUCAUUGGUGUCAUGGCCGGCGUCAGUAUCAGCAUCAUUGGUAUGAUGGUUGGUACCUUGAUCGUCUUCGUAUGGCGCACCUUUUUCCGCUCAGCUGAUACUCGAUCUUACCACGGAAUUCGAUACUGCAACAAGGCAGCCCACAACGAAGUCGCGCUUGGUGACGAGAAGUCUGGUCUGAUGGUGCACCAGGAGGAAGUCGAGGCUCCCCCGGCCUACCUGGACUCAGUUGUCACCUCUGUUGACGACAAGAACGCCGAGAACCAGGUUUAA